AUGCCCAUGAAGGUCCCUCCAGGCCGUUUAUGGCUCAAUGCAGACGAGUCUGAGGAUCCGUAUCCGCUGUUUACCACCACGGCUAUUCCCCCAAAGGCGCCAGGGGCCGUCCGGAUUUGGGUCGACGGCUGCUUUGAUCUUCUGCAUUUCGGCCACGCGAACGUCCUUCGGCAGGCUUCCCUCCUAGGGACGGAGCUCUUCGUCGGCUCCCACUCCGAUGAGGAGGUGAUUCAGCAUAAAGGGCCACCGAUUAUGCACGAGGACGAGCGCUAUGAAUCCCUCCGCGCCUGUAAGUGGGUGAAUUACGUCAUCGAGAACUGCCCGUACUGCACACGACUGAAAGACAUCGAGCGGUUUAAGAUCGACUACGUCGUCCACGGUGAUGAUAUCUCGGUGGGGUUGGACGGGCGAAAUUCAUACCAAGAGAUCAUAGACGCCGGGAAGUUCAAGGUCGUCAAACGGACGGAGGGGAUUUCCACAACGGAUCUUGUAGGCCGCAUGUUGCUAUGCACCAAGGCACAUAUGUUAAAUUCCCUGGACGAUGUGGAUGUCGAAAGCGCGAACCCCGAGGCAAUUCGUACCUUUCAUUACCUUACAACUUCGCGUAAAAUUGUUCAGUUUAGCAAUAAUAGAGUGCCUAAUAAGGACGAUAAAAUCAUUUACAUCGACGGUAGUUUUGAUUUAUUUCAUGUAGGCCAUAUCAGAGUUUUGAAAAAGGCCCGAGCGCUUGGGAAUUACCUAAUUGCGGGGAUCUAUGAAGACAAGGAGUGCAAUCGGUUUAAAAACCAUAACUACCCUAUCAUGAACCUCAAUGAGCGUGUACUAGGGGUUUUAUCUUGUCGGUAUGUCGAUGAGGUCGUAAUGGGGGUUCCUAUUGAUAUUACGGAAGAUAUUAUUAAAAGCCUUCGGAUAGAUAUUGUGGUGAGUGGUAAGCACUCCGUUGAGAAUGAUUUUAGCUUAUCUGGUAUUGAAUCUUCUUAUGCGCUUCCCAAAAUGCUCGGGAUUUACCGUGAGGUGGAUUCUGAGUGCACCUUAUCGACGGAAGAGCUGAUUGAACGGAUUGUUAAAAAUCGUAUGGAUUUUAUUAAACGACAACGUAAAAAAAAAAUUGACAACAAAAAGAAUGAUGAGCAAAAGCCGAUCGAAUACACGAACGUUGAAGAGCUGUGCUAG